AUGGAGUAUGGAAACUGCUUCACGAUAAACACUAGCAAUUUAUUCGUGCAACGCUCUGGUCAUCAAGAAGGUAAUGGCUGCGAAACUUUGCUAAACGGUCAGUCACGUUUGUGAGCCAGAGGUCAACGAAAACUGAAAUAUUCUUGAUGGUUAUGAAAGGCUAAGGUGGCUCCGUCUUUAAUACUAGAGCAUUUAGCUGUGACAAAUUUCCUGUCAUAACUUUUUCGUUUUUAGAGCGAUGGCUGCGAAACUUUGCAAAGAUCGACAGAUAUCAUUCGGCAAUAGUACGCAAUAUUCCGAUUUCAUUGAUGGUAAAUAUAUUUUGCUAAAUUAGGGCUUGAAGGGACCCUAGUGUUCAAAGAAAAUCGCGUCUAGUAAAUAAUUUUGCUGAUAUAUUUUACUGAAAUUUCUGGUAUCGGCUUUCAUUGACAUAACAAGUUUGCCGGAGAAAUUUCAGAAAAAUCGUUGGAGUAGAAAUCCGUAACUAAACGUCGCUCAAAAUUCAGCUGUGAAAUUGUUUUGGAAUUUCAAAAAUAAAUUACUAACAGUUAGAAGGAGCCACCAGUUCGAAUUUUCGGGACAAGUAAAUUCAAUGUUUGCUAAAAAUGAAAAGAAAAGCUGAUUGCCUAUCGUGGUAUUCUUUGAACGGUACUUUUUAGUUUUAGAAGCACUAUAAAUUGCUCCAAACCUUGCUCUGACGUCGAAUGACUUCUUCCUCAACAUUUUUAAAAUAUCCCUUGGCAGUUUUGGUUCAAACUCCUGCUACAUACAUUUUGAUGUGUUGCAAUGCAUCCUUAACGGCUUUUUCUGCUGAACGUUGCUUCCAAUUCAGGAAAAAGGUAUUGGGAGUAGUACACUGACAGGACCAUCGCAGCUAAUAAGCUGGACAUUGUGCCAAAGAGCAAAAGGGACAAAACCUGUUUUCUCAUUGACAUGACUAUUGCCCACGACACCAACAUUUCUAUCACCUUGCAAAAGCAAAACCUCCAGGAGGGGGAAGGGGAUUACAACAACCCCAUUUAAACUAAGGGGUGCAAUACAACUGAUUCUAGCUCUGAUAUUGUACAAGAUAAGUAUUAUGUUACAAACACAACGUAAGGUAGCUACCAAGUUUGUUAAAGCUCAUAGACAUAUGUCACGCCGCGGCCAUUUUGUCUCAGGAGAUUUAUAUAAAAAGCUUUGUUUAUGCACGGCUAGCCUCGUUCUCUCUACUAGGACAGCCGUGCAUAAAAAAAAAGCUUUUUUAAUCUCCUGAGACAAAACAGCCGCCACGUGACAAAAGUCUAUUCCGGGCGUAUGGUGCGCUUAAUUUGUUUUUCUUUGCAUUGUUCAGGCUUCAAAGUGACGUUGUUUAUAGACGCUGCCGAGUACGUGGGUCCACUUGCUGACUCGGUUGGUGCAGUCGUAUCGGUAUAUUUGCCUUUAACUAAAUCCAACACCAUGGGAGAAAACCCGAUCUACGUUGCCCCCGGAUCUUUUGUCUCCGUCUCUUUAAAUACGGUAAGGCGAUUAAUCUAUCUUUGUCCUUUCGAUGAAAUUGGGUUGUAACAGCACAAAGCACAACAAAAAACAAACAAACAAGCCAAAAAAAAAACAACAACCAGCAGCAUCAACAUUAAGAACAAGAAAAAAAUAUAUAUCUCGUUAUUUGCUUUCACAGGACUAACCUAAAAUAACAGUUUAAUUCCUCGUGACAUAGCCCUUUAACGCUUGCGAGUCAAACCACUGUUAAAGCUAGCUAUAAAAGCAGAAAGCACAGCAAAAGCACAAAAAUAAAAUAAAAAAACGACAAAAACAAAACGAAAAAUUCCAAAACAAAGUAGAAUUAAAAAAAGAAAGAGAAAAAAGGAAACUCUCAUCCUUUACUUGUUCGUUCAGUUGACUUUAGCUACGAAGAUAGAGAGGGCAGUGAAUUUCUUUUACAUGAGAGGUCGCUUAAAAUGUUGUUUUAAGCCAUUUCAACUUUCCUACCAUCCGUACAUCUCAGUUAACAGUGCGCGAGUCGAAUAUUUAACCCUCGGACGUACAUGGAAAGUCAUGCCCCCUCUGUGGUUUAAGGGGGGGAGGGUUGAUCGAGCCCCUCCCUAGAGGUUUAAUUUUUUUAUAUGUUGCGGUAUUUUGGUACUUCAGUGGAAAGCCUUUGAUCUUCUCGACAAAAUGAGGUAUAAUUUAUGGGCGUUGGCGCUGCGGGUGGGCGGUGAUGUCACCAAACAUGGUCGCCAUAUUGGGCACCAUCUUGGAUUUUACCAACAGUUAAAAAUGAGUUAAGAAAACGGCGAGACUUGUCAAUUUUGUGCGAUUGUCAUGAAAGAUAUAUACAUAAAUAAUAAUAAUAAUAAUAUAUACAUAAAUAAGUACUUAGCUUCGUUUUAUCUACAAGAUUUACUUUUAUAACUGAAAAUAUUUUAAAAAAAUGCAUUUUCAAUGGCUUGACCACCCGCUACUUAUGACAUCAUAUCUCGUAACCAUAGUAACUGAUCAUCACUAAACUUGUCUCAAAAUGCGCGUGAAGGAUAAACGAACAGCUACUGAAAACGUCAGGUGUUAAUGUUUAAUCGUCAAACAUAAAACUCAGAAAAACCUCAGAGGGCCCUCAAACACUCAGUUAGCACACAUAUGAUUAGAACCACUUCCUUGGAAAUGCUUCAUUGGCCGAUAAAUAAGUAGGGGUUGGCUCAACGGUGGCUGUUAUUGAUUAAUUGACUGAUUUACUUUUUUUUCUCUUUACCUCUCCCUGCUGGCUCCCAAGGAUAAGUGUUCACCCAAAUUUGCACUUUUUUUAAAUUUCCAGCAAUAUAUAUCUCGUUUGGACUAUCCUUAUAACAAGGAACAUUGCAAUCAAAGCAGUGAACACAAUCAGUUGGUAAGUUCUAUAUCCCGCUUUUUAUGUAGUGAUUUUGUUUUAAAGUUUACAAUCACGUUUUGCGUAACAAUGCUUUCUAUCCUUUUAUUAAUUAGUGGGAUAAUGAAACUAAAUUACAGACAAGAAAAUUCAUUCGAAGUACGCUAUGAAUGGAACUAAAAAGUGUUUUGAGAGACCGUCCAAGAUAUUUCCACACUGCAGGACUCUUCAGUCUUCAAGCUUAUAAAUUAUUUAUUCCAGUUUCGUUCCCUUUCGAGGAGUUGUUUUGCUGGCGCAAUGAAUUGUGAUGCAGGACAUAACUUCCCACUGCAGAAAUGGCCUUCAAGCAGCGCCUAAUCUCGUAAUAUUUGCAUAACCUAACGUUAAAUAUGACAAGGUUUCUAGGAUCCAUCUUAGUCUUAAAAUACAGUCGGACCCCUGAAAAGUAGAGAAAGGCACGAUUUCUAUCCAUUGUUUUUUUCCCUGCACUCUUAGAUCUGUCUCAGAGAAUGUAUUGUCGCGAAGAUAAAACAAGAUUGUGGUUGCGUGUCUAUGGAUUUGCAUGGAGAACCACUUUGCGAUCCUUUAAACGAAACGUCAGAUGAUGUUCUAAUACUUCAUUUAUCGUUUUUAACUUUAUAUAAACAUUAGAGCAGUUUUCACUUGACUGUCGUAAAACCAAAACCAAAGUAAAUACACUAGCCAACCAAAGGACGUAGUAAAACCAAAACCAAAACCAAAACCAAUCCCAAUUCGACAGUCAAGUGAAACCGCUCUAUCCUUAUCUAUAAAAACAUCAUCAUCAUCACCAUCAUCAUCAUCAUCAUCAUCAUCAUCAUCAGACGAGUUUAUUAUCAGUUUUAUUAUCAUUUUGCCAUAUAAGUUACAGCCAGGAGCCCAAAAGUGUGACUGCUUUUGAUUUAUUCACAUUCUUUCGUACAGAUUUAAUCCAGUCAGAAGCCAGCUGGAAACUGUCUUCGACUUCUGAUUGGUUAAUUUCUGCAUGAAAGAAUGUGACUUAAUUACAGAAAGUCACACUUUUGGGAUCCUUGCUGUAUGUAUAUACAUAAAAUCAAAAAAAGAAGAUGACGCAAGGGAGCCCAAAGAAGCCAAUACGGCUUAUGAAUAGGACCAUCUAUAAAAAUUUAUAUAUUACCUAAUUAAUAAAUAAAAUACUGGCAUCGGGCAAGACAAUUUAACUAAGCGCACAUUCAAUUUCUUUAGAACAUAUAAAAUAAUCAUUAAAUAGGCUAAAGAGAGAUAAGGCUGAACGUGCAAGUGCAAAACCGAAAAAGUGAAAAGAAUAAUGCAAGAGUAUACGAGAAAAAGAAAAGCGAAAGACACGUCAUUACGACCAUUAUAAUCAUCAUCACCACCAUAUUCAUCGUUACCGCUGAACGAAGAACUCAGUGUAUUGCUUAGAAUGAUGAAUAAAAUACUAACCAAAAACAAGAUUCAAGUAUAUGUAUGUACAGAUAGAUGUUAAAAGAAAAAAGAAAAACAAACAAAUAGGAUGAACAAAACAAAUGGCGUACAUGUGAGGGUAAAAUCUUUCUUAAUAACGUUUAUGUAAUAUUUGAGAUCAUAUGGUGUGAUCUUUCCCUAGCUGAAUGUAUCGAGAAAUCCCGCCUAAAGAUAAAAUUUGACGCUUGCCCUUGCGAUCCCAACUGCAAGUAAGUUCAAAAGAAGUAUUAAGACACAAAAAAGUGCUUAAAUUAAUUAAGAAGCUCUAGAACCCACCGAGGCCCGUCUCGGGAGUUUUAUCAAACCAUGAAGCAUGGACGCCUUCUUAAUAUCUUGAGAACAGACCUCUGAAGUCUUACGCCUCGUUCCGUUUUCGUUAUGUAAGCUCUGUUAAGGUCAUUCCCCUGAAAUAGAACCUGCUCUGAGGUUUUUGUAAAAACUUUAUUUAUAGAGACAUCCUGAUAGAGAUUUAAAUUUCCACUUAAAUUUUAAAAUAAAUGAAAUAAUGCUCGUUACGAGCAGCAGCAAUUAAGGUGUCUGAACACAGUUUUGGAAGUUUGUGAGUAUAUGUCAUUUGCCAAAUUAUGGCAAGAGAAAGGUUGAAGCUCACAAGCUGAAACUUGGCAAGUGAAAAAUAAACUGAUGAAAGAUUUUGAUUGACAUGUAAAAUUUGACGUUUUCAUGGUUUCCAUGGCAACAUGAACGAUUGAAUACAACCUUAAAAUUUCACUUUUGCUCAGUUUACAUAAAAUUCGCUCAUUAGAUUUUCCUAUAAACUUGCACACAGCUUACUAUAAUUAAUCAUUACCAUUUGAAACUUAUUUGACCAAAUUUUUAACAGACAGGUUUUUAGAUAAUCAACGAUAUAACUGUACUGUAAUUAUUAAAUGUGUCACAAAAUUCGUCUGUUCAACUUCCAUUUUAAAGUUCUCAUUAUUUAAAAUACGAUAAAAGUAACAAUUCUGCCAAAUAUCACAAAAUUUUAACAAGUAGAUUUUGAGAAAUCGUCGUCUGUGCACCAUUGCUUUUUUAGCCGUCAUGUUUGUUCGUUGUCUAAUUUAAAACACGCCGUUACGCGAGUUACCGCUGACCGCUCGCAAAACUGUGUCAGCCACCUUAAAUGAACAUACCAAUAAUUAUGAUAAUAGUAACGAGUGCAUGCUUUAAAAACAUUUCCGACGAUUUUUUCUUUCAUUGCACUAGGGAUUAGUCUAUAGUAAUUUUAGGAAGAAAGUUACUGCAAAUUAAAAAAUUAAAAUUAAAAUAACAACAACAAUAAUAAUAUCAACAUAAGAUAGGUGACCAUAAUCGCUUGGAAAGGAUGCGUAAUGUGAUACUAAGGAAUAACUGUGCUUUGUUUUCUUUCUUUCUGUUUUUUUUCCUUUUCUAAUUUUUUUUUUUAAGGGAAGAGCUCUCUAAUAUGUGAUUCAAACGUCUGUCUGUAGGGAAUUUCAUUUUCUAACGGGUGUUUCGUCGUCAGCUUGGCCCUCCAAAGAACACAUGGUAAGACGGCACUAGUGUGUAGUGUAUUAUUCCAAAAUUAAAUAUAAAGCUAUUUGACAAACCAAACGAACGGGGUUAAAGGAAAACCUGGAGCAAAACCAGGGUAUCUCUAACAACGGGGAUAAAGAGGUGAAAGGUUAGGAUUCGUUUGUUUUAUUUUUUUAACACGAUUCUGCGCCAGAACCUUUUCUUUUCAUUAGCAAUUAGCAUUAGUCACAUUUUUACAAAAUUUGAUGGCAGUCGUUUGCUAUAGGAAACGGUACAUAAAUAUGCAAGUUACGCGAGGUCAAUCCUUUUUUAUCCCUCUCCCUCCCCGCAAAAAAAUGUGUUUCGCCCUUUAUGGUGUAAAAAGCGUAUGAAACAGGAUCAGAAGCGGCAAAUGUUUCUUAAAUAAUCGUCUAUUCCGCCCGUUCGACGGCCUGCAUGGCUGCAAACUUUUAUCCGCAUAAACGCCUGAAUAACUAAAGAUCCACCUGUUUUUUCCUACUUUUAUUAUGAUUAGUACAAAUAAGUUUAUAACAUAGCGCGCGUGCUUGCCCUAUGUAAGUCCUAUUGAGCCGCUACGAACAAAAUCUUUAUUUACGCACGCCCGUGCGUAAAUAAGAUGACGUAAGCAUUUUUUUUUUUACCUGGCUGCAAAGUUCUCGUCUUUUAACCUGCAGUGCAGUUUUCCUUCUCUUUAAAAUAUGGAAGAAACCAGCGAAGAACUGCCCAAUUUUUCUAUCGGCAUUGACCUUUUAGGUCCUGAUCCAACAAGCAGCAAAAAUAAAGUCGAAUUAAAAAAACCUCGCAAGUUGCGCGUUUCGCAAAUUUGUCGGAAGACCAGCUGCAGCAAAUUUUGGCCGAAAGACAUUCACUGGAACAGAACAGAACAGACAUCAACUGGUCAUCAACAACAUUUAACGGUAAAAUUUCCGCUUUUAUUGUUGUUUUUAAAUUUGUUAUGCACUUUUGUUAUCUCCGGACAAUCCGACUGAAGCAGGAAAAUUUCUCUCGCAAUAACAACACAAAUUACACAAGAAGACAUAAAUUUAUUACUCACAAAAACAACUGCUGCCAGGUCUUCUCAAGAAGCCGUAAUGACCAGCGAAUGUUCGUAAAUGAAUAUGAGUUUAAAGAAGGAUGACAGUCGUCUUCGCUAAAAACAUGUUUUCUGGAUUUCGCUGAGCAAAACGUAAACAUCUUUUCCGCAAAUCCAAACCAUACUCCACGACUUCUUACGAACAUGUUAGGAUUUUAACUUUAGGUGAACUUUAAGACUCUUUUACCUUUGUUUCUGCUUAGUUUCCAUUGAUCGUUAACAAAUAAAGAAGCAAAUUUUCUAUCUCAGUUUUACAGAAAGAAUAUUUUCAUUCAAACUAGACGAUUGUGGCGUGUUCGUAAUCAGCCAAUAGAACCGUUUGUUAUUGUGUAGCGCGUUACGAGAAUUUUGCAGUUCAUCAAAAAGCAAGCAUUUUUGUCAGCUAUGUUAUAAAAGAAUUUGCUCAUGCUUUUAGUUGUGCGUAUAUCGAGUUAUGGAUGCACUUGGGAAGUUUGGAGAGCACUCAAGAAGCUAGAGUUGCACUCGGCUAUCGCCUCGUGCAACUCUUACGCAUCUUUCGUGCUCUCCAAACUUCCCGUGUGCAUCCAUAACUCGAUAUACGCACGCUAAGCAUGAACAAAUUCUUAAUUUUCACCUGCAGCCAAUGUUGUCGGGACUCCUGAAUAAGACUGGGACCAGGCGUGUGAAAGAAGUGGUGAAAGAUUUGGAAUCAGCCAGGUAAGAAUUUCAAUGAAACCUUUAUAGGGUCAUAUAUGAUGGAAAUGCAAACCACCCCCCAACCACCUCGCAUGCCCCCUUCAGUUUUCCCUGGUUAGGAAUUUCUUUUCCAAAGUUAGUUUCCAAAGAUAAUAGCAGUUGUUUGAAAGUGGUAGACAAGAAGUUCGAGUUCCCACCAGUCGCAAGGUGAGGAGACACCCACAGAAAAGAGACUUGAAAUUAUUGAAUUUUACGGGCAUUCCCAAACUUUUCUUUCGUUGAAGACACUUAUGAAGUUUGCUACUAAACAGCAACAUGUAAUGCCUAGAGAGAAUUAGGAUUUACUUAUUUCAGUAAAACAGCCGCAACAAAAACAAAAAAAAGUUUCUCUAGUGGUGUCAGCAAAUGUGAGAACAGCAAUGCUUGUCUAUCCCUAGUACCGUAAAUCCUCUAUUAAAUCUACCGGGGGGCUUAUUUAUUUGAAACAUAUUUGAGGGGGAGGGGGUGGGCUUAGUAGAGACGGGAGGCUUAUUUGAGAUGGGGGGGGGGGCUUAAUUUAGCGAAGACGAUGGCAUCGGUUCUCUAUAAAGAACUACAAUACAAAGUGGAAAAGCUCAAGUACAAGAAGUUGGAGGUCAUGCAGGCAUGCAGACGAGGAUCAAAAACAAAUCCAAACUUUCAGUUGGUGAAUAAACCAUCCCGGAUCAGUCCACACGAAGUUUUACAGUCAUGAUUGAUUAAUACAGUCUAUUAUUCAUUUGUGAAGAACAAUAAGGGCGAGGGGAGAGAGGGCUAAUUAACUUUCUUUCCCUGAAAAGGAGGUGGGGCUUAUUUGAGAGGAGGGGCUUAAUUAAUAGAGUAUUUACGGUACUUGCGAGAUUUCAUUUUCCAGGAAGAACAUGGCACAAGUAAACAUCCACUACGCGUCCAUGACAGUCGAACACAUUGAUCAAAAAAAGGCGAUGACGGUAGGAGGCCUCCUGUUGGCAAGAUAUAGAUCAUGGCAUACACUACGACAAAUCACAUAAAGUCACAAUCUACGUUACUGCAGCAAAAAAUAAAUAAUUAAAUAAAUAAUAUAAAUAAAUAUAUAAACUAACUUAAUAAAUAAUAAAGAAGUGAUGAAGGGAUGAUGAUGAUGAUGAUGAUGAUGAUGAUGAUGAUGCAACGUACUUUGCAUAAUCCUCUAUGUUUAAACCUUGUGUUUUAAAAAGUGGCUGAAAGAAGAUUUGCCCUAUGAAAAAUUCCGCAACUCAAUUGCCUACUAGUGCAAUCUUUAUAGUUUAUAACUCACAAUUUAGAGGCAUCAAGGACUUUCUUCACACUCAAUAAACAAUUGGUCCACUUUUCAGAAUAAUUUUACCCGCACAUUAUGUAAUAUGUAUAAUCAUCUUUCCUCAAGGAAAGCUUGUUUCCAUUUAUGUUUGUUGUCAUUUGAACAUUACAUUUUCGACUCUAACAGUUUGCUGUUAUUCUUGUUGCACAAAGAGCUCACAUUUACAGAACCAAAACAGAAGCUUACAGACUUCUAUAAUUGCGAGAUUUCCUGAGAAAAUUAACGCACUUUCAGCUAUUGCAUUUUACUUACUCCUGCCAUAACAAAAGCAAAACCAAUACAAAGCCAAACAAACAAGAAAACACCACACUUAUAUCUUUGUUCGUUACUUGCAGUUUGCAGCUUUGGUGGGAGCCAUUGGUGGUCAACUUGGCCUCUGCAUUGGAGUGUCUAUUAUCACUCUAGUUGAGUUCCUCGCUCUUUUAUGGCGUCUUAUUCGACCCUCAAAGAAACUGUCCAACGAAGUAGAGGACAUAAACCACUCUGGAGAUAUUAACUAGCAAGCAGCUGAGAACAAGUAGUAGAUUCGCUGGAGACUGGAUUGCGCGUUACGUGGAUUGCCUUGGCAGCUACCAUCUCUUUAAGCUCCUUAAGCUCUUUUGUUAUUUACGAUUUAUGAUAAUAAUUAAUAAUUAUAAGUCCAUGUAAAUAACAAUACUUUAAAACUAUCAAGAGUUGAUGCGUCAAAUCAAAUAAUUCCGCAAAUGAAAACAAAAAAUGUACUCUAGAAAAAACAAAACAAAACAAAACAAAACAAACAAACAAAAUCAUCACUGUACACCCGUAGACUAGUCAACAAAGCUAUCUUUGAUACAUACACUGGUGUACGUUUUCUAUAUCAUAUAUCGACAUAGCCUUGCUUUGAAAGUUUUGAAAAAAAAAGGAGGAUCAUCAUUAUGAUAAUGAUGAAUGUAUAAUUUGAAUCCAAAUUAUUAAACCCACAUUUUCUCAGCUGGGCGAAUGUCCUUCUUCCGACUCAGUUUACCAAUCAUACUUUUAAGUGUUGCAUGCAAGUCGCAGCUAGCUAUUAUCAUACAAUGGGGGAGAAACAUAAUUCAUUAAAACAUACACUUAUGUGAGCCAAGCCUUACAUUCCUUUGGACAAACACAAGAAAACAAGUGAGAUAUGCAUAGUUGCCACGAGAGCUUUCUCUUUUGACAUAUGUUUCGGACCGAGGUGGUUAUGAAAAAUACGUAGCUGAUAGUUUAAUUUAAAUUAUAGUUCACUAUAAUUAGUUCACUCGUUUCAGACACACUUAAUUUUCUCAAUGGUGGUAUCUUUUUAUUUAACAAUGUUAAGUUAGUGUGGUCUUAAUUAUACAGCUUGGCUUCAAUACAUGUAGCUCGUUUACUUAUUACAAUCAGUAUGUGUCAUUCAUUGCAUUUCAUUCACUUACUAUCAUUUAAUUCUAUUAUCACCAUUCCGUGGUAUUUUUUCGUAUGGUCAGUGGCGUAUGGAAAAGCUGUCUUCUAAAUGCCCUAUAAAAUAAAAAUUGUCAUAUCUACAUAACAAUAAUUUUAAUUUGUGCAACCGGAACCCCACAGAAUAUACGCUGCGAUGUUGAAAGACUAAUCAGACGCUGCCAACUAAAAGUGUUUAAAAGAGAAACAGGAUCAUUACCAUCAUCCCUGAUUUGCUGAGGCCUUUAACCUCCCAAUCCUUAUUAUCCCCUCUGCCAUAACUCUCGCCUCCUUCUUUUCUGGUCUUUCUCCGUUUAACACUUUUACGAUUGCGAAAUAUCAAGGUGGGUUAAAACAGUUUCUAUUAGAUUGGGUUGUGUUAAGGUGACUCGACCCAAUCAUUUUGUGAGGGUACCAUCCUACUUUGACGCUCUCUGGUAUCCCCACCUUUAAUUUGAUGGUAAGUCUAACAUAUAGCAUGGAUAACAUAUAGAUCAAUCUACAAUAUAGCAUAAAAUGUUUGGCCGUCGGAGUAAAUGUCACGUGGUUAUAGUGCCACGCCUCUUUGGAGUCUGAGUUGAAAUUCUGCUGUUGCCGGCAUUUGUUCCUGAAAAUCUCUCGGCUACAUAUAGUGGGUAUUAGUGCCUUGCGUUGAACCGAAAAUCACCAAAAUCGCAAGGACCCAACGCGAGAAAUUCAGCGGUUUCCAAAUUUAGGCUAUAAUUUAUGCAAAAAUUAUAAGCAAACUUUACACGACUAUAUCUAAUAGCCUAUGAGUUUUAUCCAUUUAUUUUGGGGACCUUGCAAGUCAGCAAAAAACUUUAGCUCCUUGUAAAAGCGCGCGAUUUCGAGCAAUGCAAACAUAGAGAAAUUAUAGUUUUAGCUAUUUAAGAGUCCUUCUCACGAAAAAAGCAUUUUCUUAAAAAUUCGUAGUUUUUUUUCGUUCAAAUUUUUUCAGGGCCACAAUUGAUUAACUAACUACCCGGAAUGUGAAUUUUAUGGUCAUUGAAAAACUGUGACAUUAUCUUCUAUAAGCCCAAACUUGAGUAAAUAUUGAAGAUUUUUAGCGUUUUGGCUGAGUUUGUGCUUUGGGAGUUUCCUAUUGUUUCUAGUCUGUCAUGAUACAGCAUUCUUCUUCAGCGGGCUUGCAAUGACCGCACUUGGCUGACUUCAGAAUGCUCACUAGUCCUCUCAUCUCCGUACUUGUCCUUUUAUGUCCUUAUUGGUCUUUUUCCGCCAUUUAAUGUCCUUACCUGUCCUUUAAUGUCUUUCCUUUUCCUUCUCUAUUAUUAUCACUGAAAGGAUCUUUAGAGUAUAAAAAUCUCCCAUCCCUAAAAGAGUAUUGAGUACAAUACGUCGCACUCCGCUAAUAGCCAACGUGGCGCCUAUUUGUAGAACUUGGGUUAAAUAGCGACGAUUAUUAGGAGAAGGAGAAGUUGAUGAUGAUUUUACCAACGAUGCCAUUAAUGUUGCUCGAAAUGUGGAUGAUGAGGGUAAUUCUAUUCAUAACAAUAUCGCUUUCUUUCUCUACUGCAUCUGAUUCUAGUUACAUAAGACGUAUGUCAUCGUUCCUAGCGAUCGCCGACCUUAUUACAGCUCAGGGUCGUUUAGGGGAAUAUAAAAUAACUGUAAUGAUGAUAAUUUCAUCAAUUUCCCGAGUGUAUUACGAAUCUAUUUAAUGAAUCGCACAGGUCAGGGUUCAAAUCUCGGAAAACCUGAAUUUUUUUCAGGAUUUCUUUUCGCAACUGCAUAUUAAAGUUGCGUCUUUAA